CCUGUGCCCGGCGGCGGCGGCGUUUCCCCGCCGCCCUCCCCGGAGCCCGCGCCCGGGCAGGUGAAGGGCUUGGCCCCGCCCCCGAGCCGCGGCCGGGCCACCUGACGUGUCCCGGCUGCUGCAGCCGCGUCCCGGGGCUCGGAACCUCCCCACCCAGGUUUGGAAAAGGCUAUGGAAUAGCCAAAGAACGUAAGACCCUGAAAUGCACAUAACUCUAACUUAGUGGGGACUUUGGAAACAUCCCUGAAGAUGAGGUUAUUCCGGCGAAAUUAUGGCCCAUUGAAGCUGGCUUUGGUGGGUGUGGUCUUUGUGAUCUUCCUCUUCAUAAUACAGAAGGAUGUUGGGAAUGGGGACCACACCGAGGAGCCCUGGCUGAAAAACAUUGUUGAGAAGAAAGACCAAGUAAUUGACAUGAUGAUGGGGGCAGUAAAUAACAUUCGCGACUCGAUGCCAAAGCUACAGAUCCGGGCUCCGGCUCAGCAAGAGGUGCCUUUGCAGAGCAGCAAGUCCUGCCUUCCAGGCUACUAUACCCCAGCUGAACUGAAACCACUGAUGGAACGACCGUCCCAAGACCCCAACAGCCCAGGAGCUGAGGGCAAAGCUUUUAAAAAGGACCAGUGGACACAGCAGGAGACCAAGGAGAAGGAGCGCGGCUAUGAGAAACACUGCUUUAAUGCCUUUGCCAGCGACCAGAUCUCUCUCCAAAGGGCGUUGGGACCUGACAGCCGACCUCCAGAGUGCAUUGAUCAGAAGUUCAAACGCUGCCCGCUGUUGCCCACCACCAGUGUCAUCAUCGUGUUUCAUAACGAGGCCUGGUCCACCUUGCUCCGCACUGUGUACAGCGUCCUGCACUCCUCCCCUGCCAUCUUACUAAAGGAGAUCAUUUUGGUGGACGACGCCAGCACAGAUGACUAUUUAAAAGACCAACUGGAUCUCUAUGUGAAGCAGCUGCAGAUCGUGAGAGUUGUGCGGCAGCAGGAGAGGAAAGGGUUAAUAACAGCACGACUACUCGGCGCUGGUGUCGCGAGCGGAGAGGUGCUUACUUUCCUGGAUGCUCACUGCGAGUGUUUCCAUGGCUGGCUGGAGCCUCUCUUAUCCCGGAUUGCAGAGGAACCCACGGCCGUGGUGAGUCCAGACAUCACCACCAUCGACCUGAAUACCUUUGAGUUUUCCAAGCCAAUCCAAUAUGGGAAGCAACACAGUCGGGGAAAUUUUGACUGGAGUUUGACCUUUGGGUGGGAGGCCAUUCCUCCUAAGGAGAAGCAGAGAAGAAAAGAUGAGACCUCCCCUAUCAAGUCUCCCACUUUUGCUGGCGGCCUCUUUGCGAUCUCCAAGUCCUAUUUUGAACACAUUGGUUCCUAUGAUGACCAGAUGGAGAUCUGGGGCGGGGAGAAUGUGGAAAUGUCCUUUAGGGUUUGGCAGUGUGGUGGUCAGCUGGAGAUCAUCCCUUGCUCGGUGGUUGGGCACGUGUUCCGCUCCAAAAGUCCACACACCUUCCCGAAAGGAACUCAGGUCAUCUCCAGGAACCAAGUGCGCCUGGCAGAGGUCUGGAUGGACGACUAUAAGGAAAUCUUCUACAGAAGAAACCAGCAGGCCUCGAAGAUGGCCAGAGAGAAAACGUACGGCGACAUUACAGAACGGCUCAAACUGAAGGAGCAACUGCACUGUAAAAACUUCACCUGGUAUCUACAAACUAUCUACCCAGAGAUCUUCAUCCCAGACUUGACUCCAACCUUCUAUGGAGCAAUUAAAAAUGAAGGGUCAAAGAAUUGCCUGGAUGUUGGCGAGAACAAUCACGGAGGGAAGCCGCUGAUCAUGUACCCUUGCCAUGGAAUGGGAGGCAAUCAGUAUUUUGAAUACACGUCCCAGAAGGACCUGCGGCACAACAUCGGCAAGCAGCUCUGCCUCCGAUCCGGCUUUGGGCCGGUGGAGCUGGGAGACUGUCACUUCACAGGAAAGAACUCGCGUGUUCCAGGAAAUGAAGAAUGGGAACUGACCCACGAUCGUCUGAUUAAAAACAUAGCCUCUAACAUGUGUUUAUCUGCAAGAGAUGAGCAUCCCUCUAUGACUUCCUGUAACCCCUCGGAUUCUUAUCAACAGUGGUUCUUUACCCAAGCAACAUAAUGAAGACAAAACCAGUGUCAGCAAGAAAUGUGCCAGCCCAUCUCACUUUGAGACCUUGAUUCCAAACUGCACUCAGGAAAACAGAAGCUAAGACUCUCUCCUUUUAUUUAAAAGAAGUUAACGUCUUAAAUAUGCUGCAUUUCACAGUUGCCUUUAAUUCUACUCUGUGCCUUUGGGAUAAGACUGUGUAAUACGUGGAGAUUGUUGUACCACUUUUUCUGAGAGACUAAGCAAACUUCUUGUUUGCAGCCUACGUGAGUGUCAUAUUGUAACAUGUCCAAAGAUAAAUAACAUGGGACCAACUACAUCGAUAAUUGCAUGAAUGAUCAAUCCCACUUCCUAAGCCCCGGAAAAUUGGACCACAACCAGUCAGAAUGCAAGGGAUGAGACUGAAUACAACUAAGAAGCGGUGCCAGCUGGCCUUUGAAUAUGUCUCAUGCCAAAGGUGGUACCCGGUGUCCUCUAGUUAUCACAUAGGCUUGCGUGCAAAGGCAGAUCAGGAUGCUGCAAGAAGAAAUUGCAGUGUCACGGUCAGGAGAGCAUCUCCAUGCUCUCUAGCACAGGCUCUUGUUUAAUGAGAUUUUUAACCUUGAAGGUGGAGAUAGGUGUGUGCAUUUAAAACAUAACACCAGGGUGCAUUGUUGUGUGAAAUCCCAGCCUGUUGCACCAAAUGAAACCUGUGCGUUACCUUGGGAGCUCUUGCCAGCACAAGGAGAUAGUAGUACUAAUUGUGUUGCAAAUAAAAAGGACUUUCUGUGCAGUUAA